AUGCUGGAAUUCAUGCGCUGCAUUUUCUACUGCCCCUACCGCAAACACCUAACCACGGCGAAUGUGGUCUCGGUGCUGCGGAUCGCUAAUCGCUUCGAGAUGCGCAUGGUGGUCGCCCGGUGCGAGGCGUUUGUCGAAAAUGCGGCCAAGAACCUCGACCAGAACAAGCUGUUGCAGGUGGCGCAAGCGGUCAAGGAAUGCGACCCAAACUCGACUACGAUGACGAUUCUGGUAGAUCGACUCGCUAGCCUCAGCGACAAGGACCUAUCGGCCAUGCAGUUCAACGACGUAUCCGGUGAUAUCGUUGCCAACGUCUUCACGCACCGACUCAACACCAAAGAAAAGGGGAAGAAGCGCUACUGCACCUUGAUGAAGUCGAAAAGCAAAGGGAACUCGCAGGCCAAGGAAGUGAAAGCCCCAAAAGGGGCAAAGGCACCAAAGAGUGCCGACAAAAACAAGCCGAAGGGUGGGGAGAAGAAGCGCAAGGAGAAGAGCAAGCAAGCCUCUGUACAGCCACCCCCCACUCCACCCGACAAAAUCCAAGAUAGGACGUUUGAUGUCACGCAACAAUUCGAUCUGGAUGAAGUGCUUCGGCAGGAGGAGGAGGCACUCUUUCGCGCCAACUGCAAGGAAAAGUUGAAAGAAGAAGCCGAGGAGAGGCUAAAGCAAGAAGCCGCCAAGGCAAAGGAUGGCGAUGCCGGCGAUCCGCGCAUCCUCAACAAGGAUUCGGUGGUGAAAGUAGAUCACGACAAGAUAGUAUGGAAGGAUGGGGACCAACAGGUCAAGCUCACCCUAACGAACGGCUCGAAGGAGAGACGGGCGUUCAAGAUGCGCUGCUCGGACAACUCGUACUUUCGGAUAGAUCCCGUCUAUGGGUACAUCGAGGCGAAGAAGACGGCCGUCAUCGUUAUCACACUUGCCAAGCCGCUCAACGUUUUGCAGAAGAUUAAGGUGGAGUCGAUGGCCGUGGGCGAUUCUGAAACCCGGGAUGCGCGUGAUGUCCUGAAGGAUGCUCCUGGUAACGCGAUGCAGUUCACGCACGUCGAGGUUCAA